AUGGGACUUGUUAGGAUGGAUCUCCUUGCGCCGAUGCGCAUCGACUCUCCAACUGAGACAUUAGUUAUUCCGGCGAUCUUGGUAUUGGCUGCCUGGAUUAUAUAUCGGAGACGCAAGGCAGAGUCUGGCGCUGGAAUAAGGUUUGACGCAAAGGAUAGUAGCCCGAGCAACAAGCUGGUCUUUCCACCUUCGAGACGACACAUUCUCCACAAAUUACAGCCUACCCGAACCCAAUACGAGAAAGGUUCGUUUUCGGCCGUCGAACUUAGCCCGGAGCUACUCGCCGCCAAGGCGCUGCCAACAUGCCGAGCACCGACCAGCGACGACGAAGAUGAUGGGCUCCUGACGCCGACAGGCUUUACCCUGAAGGAUCUCCGAGCCCUCGGCCGCUUUCCGGACUACCCGCUGUUGAGCGGAGUGCGGGAUCCCGAGCCAUGCGGCAAAGAAUUUGACAUUUCCAAGGCUACGUUUCGCCCUUUUCGGCCGUUCAGGUGGGGGUAUCACCAAACGAUGUCUCUCAUGAAACUGGAGCCGGAUUACUGGAUCGAGCUGGAGCAGAACUACCACGCUUCCAUGGCGGCUCGCCAGGAACUCCUGAGCCAGCAUCGCGACCUCAUCAUGUAUUACGAGCCCGGCUCGGAGCUGGCCUGCCGCGAGCUGAUGGAGAUGGUGGUCCGAUUUCUGUGCAAGCGCUACCCACAGUAUUUUCGGCUCGAGGAGGAGGAUGAGGAGGAGGGCGAUGAGACGAUCCUCGUCAACGAGCUCCUGGGAACCCGAACGGUCGUCGUCCCAUCCUCGUCGUCACCCCCACCUGCGGCACCGCCGUCCCAACACCCGCUGGAGAUCUUGGCGGCGACGGUGCCCGAGGAUUUCGCCCUCAUGCUCCGCAAUGAGGACACGGGACUCUACCACCUCCGCGCGGCCCUGAUAUGCUCGUCGGUCGGGUGGGACGCGGGCGCCAAGCGCGGGCUCUCGCUGGCGGACAUACACGGGCCCGUGGUCGACUACCGCGCCAAGAUGGCGUUCAGCAUGGACCGGUACUUUGCGCGGCUGCCGACCGACAAGCCGAUCCAGCGGUGCUCGUGGACGCUCGAGGACUGCGCGCCACUGUUUUCGAGUCCCGGGGCGGUGGCGGCGGCGCAGGCGGGCGAGCAGGACGAUGGAGGAGAAGGUGGUGGUGGUGGCGGCUGGAGCAGGUGCGCGGUGCCCGAGCAGGACCUCAAGUUGGAGGACGUGCAGCUGCGGUGCGACUGGCAGACGCUGCGGCGGCUGCCGUGCAGCGGCGCCGUAGCUUUCAACUUCAAGGCCGUCUUCACGCCGCUGUCCCGGCUGAGGACGGAGCCGUUCGUGCCGGCGCUGCUGGCCACGGUGCUGAGGGCGGGGAGGCCGGCUCUCGUGGUCCCGCACAAGGCUGUCGCCCACGUGCGGGAGCUGGUGCUGCCUGCGCUGGACCGGUGGGCGGAGGAACAGGUGGAGGGCGGGGUUGUGCCGAGGGGCUGGGAGGCGGCGACACUGGACGAGCAUCCUUUCUAUCCUGGGUGGGAGGAGAGGUGGAGGGCGGAGCAGGGGUUUUGA